CCGAGGGCGGCACCGGAUGCUGUCUGCUGCAUUAUCCCGCUGCGAAUGGGAAUCUAGGUAUUUGCCUUUCCCCCCCUUUUUCCUUGUAUUCACCUAUGGUAUUGCUCUGGGGGAGAGGGGUUAUUGUUGUUAAAGCAGAGAAGAGAUAAGAGGAUGGAUACUAAUUGGCGACGAACAGAAAUCCUAACCUACCUGCUCAGCACGCUCACGCAAACCCAACCCCAGGCCAGUGCGCCCGCCGUCCUGAACCACAAGAAUCACUCCGGGAACACAGCCCUGCACUGGGCGGCGCUGAACACGCACCUGGAGUGCGUCAAGGCGUUGGUGGAAGCCGGCGCGGACAUCGCGAUCACGAACGACGCGGGUCUGGACGCCGUGUUCCUGGCCGAGAGGGCGGAUUGGUCGGCUGAGGAGGUGAAUGGGGACAAUGCAGGGGAUGCGCAGCAGGAGGAGGACUCGGGAGAGGUGGAGGUGGAGGUGAAGGAGGGGGAGAUGGCGGCGCCGCCGUCGAAGGGGAGACAGGUGGUGGAGUGGCUGCUGAGUUCGGAGAAGGGAGGGGAGUUGGAGAGCGGUGUUGCGGAGGGAGAGGCGGAGAGUGAGAAGAAAUGAAGGAGAUGAUGGGGUGGUUUAUAUGUUUAUAUUGGACUCUCUGGUUGGGGGUUCGCUCUAUGAGGUAUGAUUGGGAUUAUACAAUAACUGGUUAAUAUGGAUUUAGAUAAAAGUUGAUUUUUUUUACUUUGGUUCAUGUUGAUAUAAUGCUAAGGAUAUAUGCUAUGGUACAUAUA